AUGGCUUCCUCCGCCCCAGACCCCCGCCUCGCCUUCCGAAUCCCCUCCCUUCCACCGUCCUUUUACUACAUCCCAUCCUUCAUAAGUCCGGAGGAGGAAGCUUCCCUUCUAUCCAAGAUCCCCCCAAACCGUUGGACAAACCUCACACAUCGCCGUCUGCAAGCUGUCGCGUCCACCCUCACAAAAUCGAACACUCUCCUCGCCGCCCCGCUACCAUCCUACUUGCUCGACCCUAUCGUCACACGCUUCACAACACUCGGCAUCUUUGCGCACACGCCGCACAAGGCGCCGAACCAUGUGCUAGUCAACGAGUACAAGCCCGGUGAGGGGAUAAUGGCGCACGAGGAUGGACCAGCGUACGCCCCUGUGGUCGCGACAGUGAGUCUAGGAGGUGCGGUGAUGCUUGAGUCUGCCGUCAACCCUGCGCCGAUCCAUAUCGCGCCGCUCUAUACCACCCAUCGUAUCCUCUGCGAGCCCCGGUCCCUUCUCGUAACACUCGCGCCGGCUUACAUCAAUACCAUGCACUGCGUGCCUGCUGUUACACACGAUGUGGAUCUUCGGCGAGCGACAGUGGCGAAUUGGGACUUGCUGGGGGAAGCGUGGCGGUACGCGGCUGCAGACGAUGUCGACGGGAGCGGGGGGUCGGGCGGGACGAACGUGCGAACGACGCGGGUAAGUCUGACGUAUAGGGAUGUGCUGAAGGUGAGCAAUGCGGCGUCGAGGGUUCUGGGGCUAGGUGGGCGAAGAUAA